GACGGCAGCGGCUAUAUACAUGAAUAGCACGUGCUGCAAUCCAAGAUGGCGGUCGAAGGGAAUGAGGCUCAUCGCUCAGGACCUUUGAAACAGCAAAAUAAAUCGCACAAACAUGGAAAGCACCGCAGCAAGGGAACGCUUGACAAGCAAACGAAGGGUCGAGUGUGUGUAAAAUCCUUGUCAAGGAAGGGAAAGCAAGCAAUGGGAAAAGCUAAUCGAAGACACCAUGCCAAGCAAGUACGCGAAAAGAAGAGAGGAGAGAUACUGGAACAGAAAAGAAAAAUCGGCAAACAAGGAAGCCCACCUCAUGUUAUUGCUAUUCUUCCUCUGUCCUCCACAUGCAACGUGUCUUCAGCUCUUCAGCUUUUGAGAGAAUGUGAUGAGGAAGCCUCCAUUUUUCCUGCUGAUGCCUUAACAACUCUAGUGUCCCAUCAGCUGAAGAAGCGCUUCAUGUUUUUACCCUUAAAACAUGGAGACAUGUAUUCCAUUCUUGAUGCAGCAAAGGUGGCUGAUACCAUACUAUUCCUUGUGGAUGCUUCAAACCCUGUGGAUGAUCAUACCGAAAAUACCAUCUCUUGCAUUCUAGCACAGGGGCUACCAGCAACAUUCCAUGCCAUCCAGGGUUUGGAGCAGUGUCCUCCUAAAAAGCGAAAUGACAUCAAGAAAGCAAUUCAUAAGUUGGUGGAAAAACGGUUUCCCAAGGACAAACCUCAUUCUUUAGAUACAAAGCAGGAUGCUCUCACUACACUCAGGCUGGUGUCAAAUCAGCAGCAGCGCAGUAUCAGAUUCCGUGACCAGCGGCCCCAUCUUGUAGCGCAGGGCGUGGUGUUUGAACCCGAUGCCAAUGAUGUCAGCAAAGGCACUUUGAAGGUGACUGGGUUUGUCCGAGGACAGACUCUUUCAGCAAACAGACUUGUGCACCUCGCCGGGUAUGGGGAUUUCCAAAUCAGCCAGAUUGACUCUGUUGCUGACUCUUUCUCUAUCAAGAAAAGUUCUACAAAAGAUGUAGAUGCAAUGAAUCUUGAUGAAGGCCAAGACUCCAUGUCAAUGGAAGAGAAUAUCAAAGUGAUUGACAGGGCAAACCCCGCCUUCCAGGAGAGUCUUCAAUCGGAAGUGGUUCCUGACCCUAUGGAGGGAGAACAGACAUGGCCGACAGAGGAAGAACUGCAGCUUGCUGAUGAAAUAGCCACACAGUCAAGUGACACGAAGCAAAAAAGCAAGCGAGUACCAAAAGGAACAUCUGAAUACCAGGCAUCCUGGAUUAUAGAUGAAGAGAAUGAUGACGACGAUGACGACGAUGAUGAUGAUGGUGAUGGGGACGACCAUAGCGAUAUUCGUGGAUACAUCGGGGAGAUUCGAGAUGGCAGUGACUCAGAUGACAGUAUGACAGCCGAGGAGAAAGAUGAGGAGUUUGAAACGAUCAGCGUGUCUGGAGCAGAGACUGACAUCAGCAAGUACGAUGAUCGCGUUGACGUGGACGAGGAGAGAUUACAGCUGGAAAAACUUCGAGCUGCACGCGAAAAUGAGAUGUUUCCUGACGAACUGGACACACCUUUAGACACAGCAGCCCGCGUGCGCUUCCAAAAAUUUCGUGGACUGAAGAGUUUUCGGACAUCUCCGUGGGAUCCUAAGGAGAAUCUACCCAGUGAUUACGCAAGAAUAUUUCAAUUCGAAAACUUUAACAGGACGAAAAAACGUGUGUUGUCGGCGGAAGAGGACACUGAGGGUGCCAUGCCUGGAUGCUUUGUCACAGUUCACAUCGUCAAUGUCCCAAAAGCAUUUAUUGACUCAUUUGACAGCAGCAAACCACUUGUAGUAUUUGGUCUUCUUCCUCACGAACAAAAGAUGUCCGUUGUUCACUUUGUGAUCAAAAGAUUGCCAAGCUACACUGAUCCCAUCAAGUCAAAGGAGCGACUUGUGUUCCACUGCGGAUACAGACGAUUCACAGCCUGUCCCAUUUUCAGCCAGCACACCUCAGGAGAUAAACACAAGUACGAGCGCUUUCUGCCCCAAGAUGCCAUCACGGUUGCGAGUAUGUACGCGCCUAUCAUGUUCCCUCCUUGUCCUGUCAUGGUGUUCAACGCUGACCGGCAGACUGGUUCUCAUACAUUAGUCGCCACAGGCUCGCUGUACAAAGUUGACCCCAACAGAAUCAUCGCCAAGAAAAUAGUGCUCAGCGGUCACCCGUACAAAAUCAAUAAACGUUCGGCAGUUAUUCGGUACCUGUUCUUCAAUCGAGAGGAUAUCAUGUGGUUCAAGCCAGUGGAACUCUACACUAAGCAUGGGCGACGAGGGCAUAUCAAGGAACCUUUGGGCACCCACGGUCACAUGAAGUGCUCGUUUGACGGCGCCCUUAAGGCCCAAGACACUGUCUGCAUGAACCUGUACAAACGAGUAUUUCCAAAAUGGACUUAUGAGCCCGCGGUCACGUCACCGUCUGUCCAGCAGGAUGUUGCUAUGGAUACGUAACCAUGUUUAUAAUUCCGACAAAAAAAGAAGAAACAUUCGAGUUCUUCUACCGGUAUUUCCCGCGGGUCCCAGUUCCUCGCAAGCAGAGGCAGCCCAGCGAAAUUCAAAGAAAAGAAAAGAGUGUAGUUUCUGUCGAUUCCCUUAUCAAAGAAAUUUCUGAGAACCGUCGACCGAUUUGAUUUAAAAACUUGGUUACAUUUUUUGUACUCCAAAUUCUAGGCCAUGGAUUUUUAAAUCGAAAUUUCAUCAAAGUAAUUGCAAAGAAUGGAUGAAAAAAGAAAUAUUUUAAACGUUAAUCCAAAUAGCUGUCAGGAUUUCUAGGUCAUUGUUGUAAUAAAUAAAAUGCCAAUAAAAAGUAAUAAUCAUU